CGCGCGGUGGCAGCCGGGAAGCGGAGCGCAGAGGCCGCCGGGACGCGAUUCAGCUCCUGCCCCGAGGCCGGCCCGCGUCCCGUCAGGCCCCGCGCGGGGUCGGUGCGGGGUCAGCGGCGGCGGCUUAGAGGCCGCGGCGGACGCAGGGCAGGAUGUUCACGCUGCUGUCCGGCCUGUACAAGUACAUCUUUCAGAAGGACGAGUACUGCAUCCUGAUCCUGGGCCUGGACAACGCCGGGAAGACGACCUUUCUGGAGCAGUCGAAAACCCGGUUUAACAAGAACUACAAGGGGAUGAGUCUAUCCAAAAUCACCACCACCGUGGGUCUCAACAUCGGCACCGUGGACGUGGGAAAGGCUCGCCUCAUGUUCUGGGACUUAGGAGGCCAGGAAGAGCUGCAGUCAUUGUGGGACAAGUAUUACGCAGAGUGUCACGGUGUCAUCUACGUCAUUGACUCCACCGACGAGGAGAGGCUGGCAGAGUCCAAGCAGGCGUUCGAAAAGGUGGUGACCAGUGAGGCGCUGUGUGGUGUCCCCGUCUUGGUGCUGGCCAACAAGCAGGAUGUGGAGACGAGCCUCUCCAUCCCUGACAUCAAGACGGCCUUCAGCGACUGCACGGGCAAGAUUGGCAGGCGGGACUGCCUGACCCAGGCCUGCUCCGCCCUCACGGGCAAGGGGGUGCGCGAGGGCAUCGAGUGGAUGGUGAAGUGCGUCGUGCGGAACCUGCACCGGCCGCCCCGGCAGAGGGACAUCACGUAGGCGCCGCCUGCCGCCUGCCUGCCGUGGGGACGCCGGUCCCUGGUCCCCGGUGCUGGAGGAGUGGUUCCUGUUGGCUCCCGUGCUGCUCAUCUGGGGGGUGGGUUUACUUUGCUUUGGGGUUCCUCUGUUGCUUUGUUUUCUUGAAGACAAACUUUCCUCUGCGUCUGGAGAAGCGGAGGCUUCAGUGGGGAGCCGGGCAGCCUGGCUCACCCAGGCCCUCUGGCGGCCCUUCCACGGGGUGCAGCUGCUGCCCGCCUAGGCCCAUUCUGGGGGGUCUGAGGGAGACCUGGUUGAGAGUUGGGGCUCCAGUGCUUAGGCUGGCUUGGGCUGUGUGGGGACAGCUCUGGGGGGCCUUUGGGAGAUCCUGUAGCUACCUGUCCAGCCCAUCAAGGAGGAGGUCGGUGAGGCCAUGGCUGCCCUCGGCUUCUGCCCCCUGUGACCCGAGAGGUGGUCUGGGGCUGAACUUGCCUUGAGGAAGACCCAGGCCAUGUCCCCGAAGGCCAGUGGGGCCCUGGGUUCAGAUGCAGCCUCGGGACGGCGCUGAGGAGGCCUGCCUGGCUUCCCCUCGUCUUACCCCCUGGAGGGACCUUACUGAUGCAAACAGCUGAGGGGUCCUGCUGGGAGUGGCUGUUUUGUGCCCCACACCUGCACGUUUGGGGAGUGUUUAUGGGGUCCAGAGCCCUCUAGCCAGGUGAGGCUGUGCCCUGGGCCCCCUUGGCGUGGGCUGGGGGGUUCUCGGGGGGGCCCCGAAUCAGUGCUGUGCUGGGCCUGUGUCCCGUUUGGGGGUGAGGCUGGUCCUGGGGCCCUCCCUGCACAGCCCCCACGGAGCCUGCUGAGUGCUCUGCUCUUCCCCAGUGCGGCUGUGGGCAGGAGCUGCCUGCCCAGUGCUGUCCAGGGUGAGCGCAAAAUAAAGAUGGCGAGACUGGC